AUGGCAAAUUUUCAAGAAAUGGCAAUGUUCUUUGACAUUAAUAUCGUUGAGGAACAUGAAAUUAAUGUACAUAAUGAAAGACAGACGCGAAAUACAGAAUACAUUACUGACCCGUUUACAUUGUCUGAUCGAUUAUUUAUAAAAAACUUUAGACUGACUAAAGACGCUGUUAGAUAUUUAAUUGAUUUAUUAAGGCCUCAUAUAAUAUCUAACACCCGUUCGUCUGCGAUUGAUUUGAAUACUAAGAUUUUUUCUACUUUGAAUUUUUUGGCGACGGGCUCUUACCAAUCUCCUAUUGGUAACAGCAAAUUUAUGGUGCUGUCACAACCAACUGUAUCGCGAUGUAUAAGUGAAAUUGUGGCAGCACUUAAUCUGCCUGAGAUAUUUCAAGCAUGGGUAUUAUUGGUUGUGUUGAAUUGCACUCAUGUGGCAAUCGUACCUCCAUCAACUAACUUAAAUCUAAAUGAAAAUCAAUAUCCAGAGUAUAUUUAUGUGAACCGAGAUUMUGGAUAUCCUUUGCGCCAAUGGCUGCUGACGCUAAUUGCUAAUCCUACUACAAAUGCAGAAAUCUAUUAUAACCAGAGACAAAUGUCAAGCAGGAGCAUUAUUAAACUAUGUAACGGAGUCUUAAAAAUGCGAUUUCGGUGUCUACUAAAAGAUAGGACUUUGCACUAUAAGCCUGAAAAAGCAUCAUUGAUAAUUAAUGCGUGUAUAGUCUUACACAAUAUCUGUAUCACCAACAAUGUUCCUUUGCAUGAUGAUGAAGAUGAGAUUAAUAAUUUGCGUAUGAUAGAAGAUGAUGCAAUAUUUGAUGAUAAUCAUAAUAUCAACAAUCGAAACAUAAAAUUAACACGGAAGAAAACAGAGGGAUAG